AUGUCUGAAUGGGAUUGGGACCACUGGGAUCACCUGUCCCAGGGGUCCAUGCCAGCCUCGCUGGAUGAGGGCGCUCUCUACCCAGUAGGUUUGGAAAGCCGCUUCGCAUACCUCUUCGACUCUCCGGCCCGAAGUCAUGUCACCACGGCCUUGGCGUCACAAGCCACGGCGGAGGAUGAUGUGGAGCUACGUGCCCAGUGGGAGGAUGAGAAUUUAGUCGAGUGGCAGAAGCUCACCGAGGCCUUAGAGAAGAGCGAAGCAGAGAAGGAGAUGUGGCGCCGAAAGGCCGAUGAACUGGAAGCUUUGGUGCUUCAAAGCGCUGAUCGUCAAGGAGAUGAUGCACUGGAGCGCAGUGUCUCGUCCGAGGUGGAACGUGCAGAAAAAGCCAAACGUCGAAGACCUUCUUUGGGGGCCGUUGACGAUGAAGCUCGACGCAAGUGGCGAUACCUCGUCUUGCUGUUGCUGGCUCGCUUGCAGCUGGACAUCCGCGAUGACAUCCGCGACGCCAAACGCAGUGAUGGACCUGCCAGCCCAGUGGAGGUGGAAGGGACUCGGAUUGGACGCGCAGUAAGCCUCGAUCUGACAGAGGGUCCUCAAGUUGCCCAUGCAGUGGAGUAUCGGAAGCGUGCGCUGGUCACCUUCAAUGCUCGCGUCAAAGGAGGCCAAUGCUGCGAUGCAGCGACCCAAACGGCGCCAGCCAUUACGCUCUCGAAGAUGUAUGGAGGCAUUGUGCCACAUUACAUCCAGCGCGAGCUGGCGCGACUGGGACAGGAAAAUCAACUUCUGCGGUAUCGCAUCGCCUCGGUGGCAAUGUCCCAGCCAAAACGAAAUGCAGUGAGACACCAGGCAACUCAAACGGCCCCUGCAUUGACGUUCUCCACGGGGAGAGGCAGACAGGUUUCUGCGGUCACCACCAUGACCAGGUUGCCACACUCACUGACUCACCAGGUACCACCCUCCCGGUACGAGCCACCGGAGGAGCAGAUGUUGCAGGCAUCCAUCUUAGCCUUUGUUCGAUCCGUGGAGAUGCAGAUCGAGAGCCAGGCCCCAUACCGUCGUGCAGUGAUCACCAAUUGCAAGCGGGUCGCGCAGACAUUGUGGCCCCGCUCUACGCUGGAGCUCUAUGGAUCCUACGCCAGCGGUUUGGGUCUUCGCAACAGCGGUUUGGAUUUGCUGCUGAAGGUGCAUCCUUCAAUCCAUGGCUUCUCUGCUCGUGCUGUCUCCGGAGAGACACCUGAUGAGCAGGCGGCGUUGUCGCCCAUCGAGGAGGACGACGAGCAGCUCCGACAGUUGAAGUUGGAGGAAGUGUCGCCUGCGCACUCCACCCGCUCUGUGCGUGGUCCAUUGUCCGGAUGGCAGCAACAGCUGUCAGAUCGACUGGCCAAAGAGAAAUGGGUGGUCAGCGACUCCAUCCGAGUGGCUGCGCAUGCAGCCAUCCCUGUGCUAUCCUUCGCAGCUGCGCCGGAGGUCAAGCGAGUGACAGAGAACGAGGAGUUCAUGACCUGCUCUACGCGCGUGGACAUUUGUCUCCACGACUCGGGCUACCGUGGUCUGCGAAGCAAGGCAUUGAUCAACUUCUUGUUGAGUCGCUAUCCAUUGGCCAGGCCGGUGACUUUGGUGCUGAAGCAGUGGCUCAUCGAACAGGCGUAUUCCAUGUCGCACAGUGGUGGCCUUUGCUCCUAUGGCUUGUUGUUGAUGGUCAUUGCUUUCCUGCAGUACAGCCCAGCCAAUACAGCAGCGGCAGCCUUAGUAGGCUUCUUGGACUUCUACGGUCAUCGCUUUGAUCCACAGCUGUAUGGUGUCAGUGUGGCGCGCUCGGCCUUCUUGCCCCGAAAGAGCCCUAUGUCUUGGCCGCCUCAACAGGCUGAGCUGGUGGAGCGUGGUUUCCUGGCACGAAAUGCCGGUGACACGGGUGAAGAAGCACAUCGCUUCGAUCCAUUGCUGGUGGAAGAUCCAGUGAACCCUACGAACAACGUAGGGCGGAACUGCUUUCGGAUUCGACAGAUCCAGCGGUCCUUGGCGCGGGCAGCAGAUCUCAUCGCGGGCAAAGAGGGCACUACCACGUUGAGAGCGAUUCUGAGGGUGGAUGGACCCGGCCAGGAGGCGGAAGAGUCAAGUUGGCACAUGGCCAAGCACGAUCAGCACGAGGACCUGUAUCUCAGCUUGGUGGAGCACGGAAACGGUCGCAACCUGAUGUUGCCCAUCUCAGCUCAAGGUCGAAUGGCGCGCAGUCACCUCCCACAACAGUGGGACAGUGUGGUGCGCUACGCGGAAAGCACUGGCCGCUUGCCAGGUAUGCGUUACUAG